AUGAAGGCUCCUUUGGCAUUCACCGUCAACGUGAUACUCUCGGUGACGGCGACCAGCGCUGAUGAAUGCCACGAUAUUUGUGCGGACGUGAAAAAAAGCGUUGGUUUCAAGGCUGGAUGUAGCGAAUUCCGCAACUCGCUGCCGAGACCGAAGCCGAUCGCCUUCGCCGAAGGUGCCAUUGCCAGGCCAUCGCAGAUGGCUGACCUGAGUUAUCACGGAAAAGACACCCCUGUCCCAGAAGAAAAAGAGCACGGAGAGAUCCAGGUUCUCGAAAGUAAGGGCGGACUGCAAACAGAUGCUCAGGCCAUGGGUGAUGGACCCCCGCUCGCCGUCGGCGACAUUUACAAGGUUGAGGACGAACCGGACCUUGCGAGGGAUGCUGAUAGUGCGUUGAUUGCUCCAGACGGAGAAACUGACGCACAGCACGAACUGCCGGAAAUCAAAGAUGGAGAAAACAAAGGCGAAGACAACUACAUGUGGAUUGAACAUGAGGAGGAAAAUGUGCUGCUAUCACUUCCAAUCACGGUGGACAACGUUAUGAAGGAGCUCGUGAUCUUCGAAGGCGAUCAACCGCUGGACGUAGUGCUCGCGUUUUGUAGGGAUAAUAUGCCGGAAGAAGGCCCCGCCUGCGCAGAUGAACUCAUUCGUGUGGUACAAGACAAGAUUUCUACCGGGAAGGCACCGCAAGAGGAGUACAUUUAGAGUGCAUCCCAUAAAUGUAACUACUGUAGGAAGGCUAGUACGUCCAUAGCAUUCGUUUUCUCAUUUACGGGGACCACACGUUUCGGACACCUAGUAGCUCUUUUCAGGCGUUGGAAUUAGAAGCAUGGAGUGAACCCUGUAAGGGGGAUUGACCGUGAUGCCCAGAAAAACGGGUGCUAGUCUACAUUUGAAGCCAGGUAUCGUCUUGACACGCCGAAAAGCUCAAGAGGUCAACUCUUCAAGAAGAGGUUUUGUGCACGGUCCCUGGUACGGACUGUACGUAGACGAGAUGUAUUAUUUUCAACACUUUUCUAGGAAGCGGGGAAGGGCGUUGUUUCCAGUAGCCCCUCUCAAUCAGUCACUUUCAUUAUCGCCGCGCUCCUCACAAGGACGAACAACAUAUAUUUUCAAAC